AUGUCAAUUUGCAAGUAUAAUAUAUCUAAUUUAGUUAAUGAGAAAAAUCAGUGUUUAUAAGAUCAAUUUUUAGAGAAGAAACAAAAUUGCUCGAAUUUAACAGAAUUAGAAAAAGGUGUUUUAUCUUUUAUGAUGAUGAAUUGUCAUUAUUAGAGAUCUGGAAGAAAGACUAUUGAUUGUAAUUAUGAAUUGAAUGAUUUACAAUAUUGUACAAAAUAAUUGGAUUCAAAUUAUUGGUAAUAUUUAUAAAAUAUAAAUUUUAAGGAAUAUAUUUACUUAAUUUUAUAUUCUAAUUUAACAUUUCUGUUAAAUUUAAAUAUUGCGUUAUUUAUAAAAUAAUGUAGAAUCUAAAUUAUCUUUAAUUUCAAUAGAAUAGUAAUUUCUUAAUACAAAUUUGUAAUAUUUUGACAUUUAAUUUAGAAAAUAAUAGUCAUCAAUAUUUUCUGAAAUCCUUGCUACAUAAAAUGAAAUAUAAAAUUAGACUUAGGUAUUUCUUUAAUAUGUUGCUUCAUAAUAUUUGAAUUUUAAUAAUUAAAGAGAGAAUGAGGAAUAGAACCAAAAAGUAAUGAUUGAGUAUAUUAAUGAAAUCAAUUAAUAAGUUCAUAAAUAUCAUAAUGAAAUAGAGCAUUCUUUUUAAGAAUUAAGUUCAAUUUAUUAAAUAGCAAAAUAUUAUAUUGAUUUAAUUUAUGUUCAAGGAAUUAAAAUGAGUAAUAAUUUUAUAUAAAUAAAGAUCAAAUUUUUUUCUAUUUAGGAGAUUUGCUUUUAAUGUGGAUAUUUACUUCUAAUAAAUAAUUUAUUGAUUAAAGAUUUAAUAACUUUUUAUUGAUAUUAAUUUGUUUUGUUUUAGAAAACUACUAUGAAAGUUCAAACUACAUUAAAUCAUUUUUAGUUGUUAAUUAAAUUUUGUUAAUAAUUUAUGGAUUUAUAUUUUAUAAAGAUUACGAAUAAUUAACAUAUAAUAAAUUGAUGUCAAUCUAAAAGAGGAUCAAUUAUUUUGAUUUAUCAAAUUUUAAAUAGAGAGCAAAAUAAAUCUUAAUGAAUACUGUAUCAAAAAAAAGAAAUGAAUGA